UCCCGUCAUCCUCGUGGAUGACGCACGUCGCUCCGGUGUGUGUGUGUGUGUUCAUGCUGCUCAGCUGCUUCCUGUGCGGAGCACAGCAUCACCCACCAGCAGCAGCAGCAGCAGCAGCAGCGAGAGGAGGCUGAUGAUGGAGACGGACCCGCGCACGGAGCUGCAGUAGAGAUCCGGGGAGGAUGCUGCGGCUGCGGCUGCAGCUGCGGUGAGGCGAGGUGAGGUGAGCGGCAGUGUCCAGUCCGUGUCCGCCGCGGCGACACCUGCCGUGGAUGAUUUUCCCGAUGGGUUGCGGAGGGAGUCGGGCGGACGCGAUCAUCGAGCCGAGGUAUCAUGAGAGCUGGACCAGGGAGACGGAAUCGACGUGGCUCACCAACACGGACAUAGAGACCCCUCUGCCAGUGGCGAGCAGUAAAGCUCUGGAGGCCGGACUGAGGGAGAAGAGGACGGUGAACACAGGCACCCAGUGUGGGAAGCAGGCCCUGACCACCGCCGGCUCCAACCACCAGAGGAGAGCCAGGCGCUCCCUGAGUGAUCAAACUGCUCGUGACUCCAAGAGGAGAGCAUCAAAGGAGGCCAACGUUGCGUCCAAGGAUGGGCCUGGGUCCGUCAAUGUCAAUAGUGGUGAAGACGCUGAACCUGGCAACGUUUGUGACGAAAGAUGAAGAGGAGCCGAGACUCUGUGAAGCGGAAGAGGGACGUAGCUGUGUGUGUCCUUUACCAAAAGAUGGGAUGGUGGUUUACAGAUGUGUGUGGAUGAUGUUUGCUUGUGACUUUGCAAGAUCUUGACUGUUGAUCUCAGUGAUUUACAACAAAAGCACCUACAUAUGUCUCCAUCCAAAGAUCUUGGGAUGCUGCAUCUUCGCUGUGCCAUUGUGAAUGCAUGUGUGAAGGAGACAGGGGUUCACAAAACAGUGUUCACACUCUCCACCAUGCUUUUCUCCUAUGCUUAUGGCGCCGGUCAGGGAACGUGCCACAUGUGUAAAGCCAGUUUUAGGACAACAAGAGUGGACCGUCCCAUAUGCACAUGAUAAUUACAAUCUGCACAUCAAAUGUAUUCUGUGUGGGGCCUUCCUAAAGAGUUAGCUUCAGUUCUCUGUGCAAGUGUAUUCCUUUUGUUGUGAAUGAAAUGACGAUAGUGUGGGAGCCAAUGAGGAUGUGGUUUGACCUUAGUCGAUGCUGUAAGUGAUUUUCAUUUAGUAGAACCUGAAGUGCUGUUUAGAAGUGGAGAUUUGGAGGUUUGAAGCUUGAAGGCUGCAGACAAUAUUUUUCCAGCCUUUGCAGGAUGAAGAGACAAACACACCCGCAUGUGCCUACAAUUCAUUUCAAUUUGAACUGCUCCUGUGUUCACUUUGAGACUUUUACAGCCACCAAAACUUUGUUCAGUGUUUCAUUUUCCAAUUCUCUUACAUCGUCUUGUUUUUUUAAUUUUUUACCACAGUGUAUUGUCAUUUGUGUUGCUUAUACUGAUCUGCAUGAAUAAAUCAAUCACAGAUUGACUCAACGGUGACGACAAACGUCUCUGCAUAAACAUAAUCAGUGGCAAGCUGUUUGAAAUAAAACCAGUACACAUGAAAAUAGUUAAUCAUGGAUGAGUAGGCGAGUAAGCUUUAUAACCAGCAGGUGGUGCUGUUGACAAGCUGGGGUCUUAUUUAUUGAAAACCCGAGGAGGACAACAACAACCACUUAAAGAAAACUGAUGAUGUGCUGCAGUCAUGUCUCGUCAGUAAAUUAAAUGUCUGGUUUUAACAUUUGAUGAUUGUGAUAACUGUUGCUUGCCAGGUGUUCUUUGAAGAUUCACUGAGAUGAUAAUGAUGAAAUUUGUGCAGGCCAACUUUGUUUUGUUUUGUUUUUGAUUGAAAAUAAAUUUAACAUUUUAACACUAAGCAUCUACCACAAUUUUACGUCUUUGUAUUCAAUUCUUUGUCAGCUUCUCAAGUUGUGAAACCAACAAAAGUGAUAUGUCCAGUCAUUUCUCAUUAGCUAUAGGCAAAGAGUAUUAUGGAUGGAUGGAUUUUUAUAUUGGAUAUGUUACUAUAUUGCUUAAAGACCUUUUUAUAGAUAUAUUUUGUGUCUUGUUUUCCUUUUCCAAGCCCACAAUCCCUAUGGAAUAUACAAUAUGUAGACAUUUUUACAUUGACAAGUUGUGGCAAAAAAAGGCUUAAUUAUUUCCAUGUAUUCCAUGGUGAGGUAAAUAAAUAAAGAUGGAGCUCUGCUAAAGAUAAUGUGUGUAGCUAAAUGGGAAGUUAAGGAAGUUGCUGUUGUAAUUAUUCCACAAGCGAUUAGCACAUAUUAUUUAAAUAUCCAUCCAUCCAUCCAUCCAUCCAUCCAUCGUCUACCGCUUUAUCCAUUUAAGGGUCACGUGGGGCUGGAGCCAAUCCCAGCUAACACUUGGCGAGAGGCGGGGUACA